GUAUAGCUCGAGAGAGUCUCUUGGGAGGCUGGAUUAGCCACAAGUUGUGGUGAACCAGGGUAAGUUCGGUGUGCCUCUUACUCUUCUCUUUACUUCUCUUUUGAAUUUUUAAUUCCUGCGAUUUCUACGAUCAAACGUUAUUCACCCCCCCUCUAGCGUUGGUCUAUUAUUCUAACAAUUGGUAUUAGAGCCUAACUCGCGCCCAAACUUAACCGUUUGAGAAUAAAGCGAUCAUGGGUUCUUCUUCUAGAAAUCUUUAUGUAGGGAUCGGAGAAGGUCAAUCAACUUCUAGGCCAUCACUCUUUGAUGGCACCAACUACACAUAUUGGAAAGAGCGGAUGAAAAUUUAUAUCCGCUCAACCAACUUCCAGUUGUGGUUGGUCAUCAAGAACGGCGAAGAAACGCCAAUGAAGAAGGUUGGUGAAAAACUCGUCCCAGAGACCGAGGACGAAUUUGAUGUCGAAGACAUCAAAAAGGUGGAGAACUACGCCAAGGCAAUCAACAUGCUCUAUUGCGCUGUCAACCCCGAUGAUUAUCGCAAGAUCUCUUGCUGCACCACCGCCAAAGAAAUGUGGGACAAGCUGGAGAUGAAGGAAGGCGAAAAGAUCGAUGACAUAUUCGAUCGGUUCUCAAAGAUCAUGAACGACCUUCAUGCUCUCAAGAAGACUUACGCCAACAAGGAUCUCGUGAGGAAAAUCCUGCGGAGUCUCACACCCAAAUGGAGAUCAAAGGCUGACGCAAUCUACGAAUCCAUCGGAGUCUCCAACGUCACCAUCGAUGGGUUAAGAGGUAACCUCAAAACUUAUGAAUAUACUAUUCUAACCCCGUCUUUGGAUGAACAAAAGAAGAAAGGAAUAACGCUCAAAGCAACCAAGAAGACGGUGGAAGAAGUCUCAAACGAUGAUGACAACGAGUUUGGACUCGUCAUCAAGAAAUUCUACAAAUUCAUGAAGAAGGAAUUUGAGCGUAAAGGAAGAAAGCACGACGGUCCCUUGAAGUGCUAUGGCUGUGGCGAGAUAGGCCACAUCAAGCCGAGAUGUCCAAAAGGAAAAAACGGCAAGGACGAACCCAGCUUCAAAAAGCAACGAGCCUAUAUCUCAUGGGCUGGCGACUCCGGUAACAAGUCAACUGACCAAGAAGAGGAAGAAACCGCCAACCUCUGUCUCAUGGAACACGAAGACCACGCCGACAAAGUACAAAAGGUAUGUACCACUUCUUCCGACUCUUAAAGUUUUGAAGAGAUGCAAGAAGCACUUCGAGAGCUUUACGAUGAAUUUGUUAGCGCUUCUAAAACUAACAAAUCAUUAAAGAAACGCCUUUCAACUCUUGAAAACGAUUUUGAAAAACUAGAAAAAGAUAAUGAAAAGCUAAAACAAGA